AUGGCGCCAUCUCUGGAGGAGCCUCUACAGCCCGUUGACGAUGCUUUUGAACAAAUCAAAAAGAAAGCGCCGCAGCUUGUCGCCAAGGAGCCUGAAAAUUGCCCAGGUCCAACUGGGGAAUCGGCUGGAAAGGCAGAUGCAUGCGCUGGAUGCCCGAAUCAACAGAUAUGUGCUUCCGCGCCGAAAGGACCUGAUCCGGACAUACCAAUCAUCACCCAGCGUCUUGCCGGAGUCAAACACAAAAUCUUGGUCUUGAGUGGCAAAGGAGGAGUAGGGAAGAGCACCUUCACCACCAUGCUUGCGCAUGCUUUCGCCAGCAAUGUUGAUAACAUGGUCGGCAUAAUGGACACCGACAUUUGUGGACCUAGUAUCCCGAAGAUGAUGGGCGUCGAGGCGGAAACGAUUCACGUGACAAGUACUGGAUGGGAACCAGUCUGGGUCAGCGACAAUCUGGGAGUCAUGAGCGUGCAGUUUAUGCUUCCCAACAGAGAUGAUGCGGUCAUCUGGAGAGGACCGAAGAAGAACGGUCUCAUCAAACAGUUCUUGAAAGAUGUAGAGUGGGGCGAGAUGGACUACCUGGUAGUCGACACUCCGCCUGGCACUUCGGACGAACAUCUCAGUGUCAACAGCUUCCUGAAAGAGGCUGGAAUCGACGGUGCAGUACUUGUGACGACUCCUCAGGAAGUCAGCCUACUGGACGUCCGCAAAGAGAUCGACUUCUGCCGAAAGGCCGGCAUCAAGGUUCUGGGCUUGGUGGAGAAUAUGAGUGGAUUUGUCUGCCCCAAAUGCACCCAUCAAAGCGAGAUUUUCAGGCCUACGACUGGUGGUGGCCGCCGACUAGCCACGGAGACCGGUGUGCCUUUCUUGGGUGCUGUCCCGCUAGACCCGAGGAUUGGAAUGGCCUGCGACUAUGGCGAGAGCUUUUUCGACAACUUUGGCGAUUCUGCCGCAUGCAAAGCACUCAAAGACGUAGUGCGAGCAGUCGGAGAGCAAGUCGGCGUGCCUGCUGAUCAAGUCGUUGCAGAGGACUGA